UUAAGUGAAAAUUACACUUCAGAAAUCUUCUACUCAUUCUAUUAUUUCAGGUGCCAUUUAUUCCCGUUUGGGCAGUGGCGGCGCGUGAUAGUAUUUGUUUUUUUUUGUCCUGUUUGUCGGAAGCGCAGACAAAAAUGGCAAGAUUAGGGUUCGAAGAGUCCAUAAUUAGUUGUACUAUGAAACAAUCAAAGGAAGAGGACAAAGGUUGCUUGACUAUUGAAACAGCCCAAGGAAUUCGAAAAGAUGAUUGUGCAGAACUGCUAAAUAAAUUCUUACUGAGGCGAUAUGAUGAAACAAGACAGAAACUUUAAUGAGAAGUCUUAGCUUAAGCAUGGAGAGUGGUAAAUUCUGCAUCUCCUUUGCAGGUUUCCCAAUUUGGCUCGGGCCCUCUGCAAACAUACCUACCUCAUGGGGAUAUUGAUCUGACUGUCAUUGCCUAUCAAAAUAAUGAUGAAGAUAUGGCAAAAAGUGUUUUUGAUUUGCUUAAAAGAGAAGAACUAAAAGCUGCUGAUUUUCUGGUUGAGGAUGUCAGCUAUAUUCCUGCUCAGACAUCAAUGUAUUACCUGUUUGAGAAUAAUCAAAGGAGCAGUUGUAAGUUGCUUUCCAGCACACCUUGAGGAGCAAUUUCAUGCCAGGCUGAGCAAGUUUAAGGUGAAGAUUGUGAAGUGCUUCGUGCAGCAUAUUGCUGUAGACAUCUCUUUUAAUCAAGUUGCAGGACUCUGUUCUUUGACCUUCCUUGAACAGGUCAAUUAUUACAUUGGGAGAAGCAAUCUUUUUAAGCACAGUAUUAUCUUGAUCAAAGCCUGGUGCUACUACGAGAGUAGGAUUCUUGGCGCUCAGUCCGGGUUGAUCUCAACUUAUGCAUUAGAGAUACUGGUCUUGCAUAUAAUAAAUCGGUUUAAUUUAUCUCUAGAUGGCCCUUUGACGGUCUUGUAUAAGUUCUUGGACUACCAUCACACAUUUGACUGGGAAAACUAUGGCAUUAGUAUAUAUGGUCCAGUUGCGAUUAAGUGCCUGCAAAAUAUUGUUGAGACACCGGUAAAUCAUGGGAAUGAGAUGUUUGCCCUCAGUAAGGAACUUCUUGAUCGCUGCGUGGAAUGUUCAAAGGUUCAAAUGAGGGAGGGCGAGUGUAAAGGAGAACCCUUCUUACUAAAGUAUCUUAACAUAGUGGAUCCUCUGAAACAGUGUAAUAACCUUGGGCGUAGUGUUAGCAAAGGCAACUUCUGUCGUAUACGAUGUGCUUUGUCCCAUGGUUUUCAGACUUUAAGAGAGAUCCUGUCCCUACCGGAAGAAAAAGUGUGUGGUGGACUAAAGAAGUUCUUUGUUAAUGCUCUUGAACUCAAUUCCGGUGAACGAAGACCAGAUGUUGAUGCACGUGCCAUGUUAACUUGUGCUAGAAGAUCUGAAGUCUUCAGUUUGAAUGGGGAUUACAACAGCCAUCUCAACAAUCAAUGUUAUCAGAAGUUUGGUUCAAAUGUUCCUUUUCAAUUGAGCUCUCAAAUAUCACCUCCUCAGUUCCAGGGCAAUACCCUAAAGACGUAUAACGGAAGUUUCUAUUACCCAGGAACAAGCAGCUGUAUCCCAACCUCCUGCUAUCCAAGUAGCCCCCAAUUAUUUGGUUCUGCUUUCAGUGCAAAUGUAGCAUCGACUUUUCGAGGAAUGGAGUUAUAUAAUCCUCUUGGGAGCAAUGGCAAGGCCUUGAGGCGAAGCGGAAGAGGUACAUCCAUUCCCAGUUUAAAUGGUGAGUUGGAAUUGCAAGCGUUGUGCCCCCCUGAAUUUGUAAAUGAGGAAAAAUAUCUAAAAGUUUGUAGAGAUUUCCAUGACAUGCAUAUAAACAAGGAGAUGAAUGUGCAAAGUGGUACCCGUGGAAGUGAAAUAGAUUGUACGAAAAGGGUGGAACUGCAAGGAGCAGCUAUUCACCAUUUAGAAUUGGGAGACACUGGCAUCAUUGAAACUGAUCUGAAAGAGAAGUCCCAGGAAACCCAAAUCUGUAUCUCCAAUUCAAAUGUUGACGAACAUGCAGCUGCACAGGAAACAAAUAAAGGCUCUGAUGAAAAAUCCUUAGACAGGUAUGUCUAUUUACCACAGAAGAGAACAAAAGGGGAGCGCAAGUCUAAAGGCACAUUACUUCAAUCUAACCUGAAUACUGGAUGAUUUGAAGAGAAGCUAAACUGAUUAGUAAGGUCGCCAAUCUUUUUUUUUUUUUUUUACACUAUUUAACAUCUGCGCAGUCACCAAAGAAACUACUUGUCCUCUGUACUUGAAAUGUUAUCCCCCUACUAAUGGCAUCUUUACAUUGAAUGUUGAUGGCUCAUUGCGAAAAGAUCAAUACAAUGCUGGUAUUGGUGGAGUAAUCCGAGAUCAUAGCCACUGGGUCAUAGGUUUUGCCAAGAAACUGCCAGUAGCCUCUUGCCAUUAUUGAGCUUCAUGCGUUACUAUGAUUGCUUCCAUGUUCAUUCAAGGAAGGGUAGAAACUGAAAGAGACUCCCAAGAGGUACUUCAAAUGGUAAAUAACACUGCUGAAGCUAACUCCCACGUUUUUACAUGACUGCAGGUACUUCAUCCUGAAGCUGCAUAAUCCAAUAAUCAACCAUUUCUACAGGGAACAAAAUCUUUUGGCCUAUAGACUCGCGAAGAUCCAAGUUGAGCAACAUUUUGCAAGUCACCUGCUGCUAUUUGAUAGCCCUCCAGCGGGUGUAAUGGAUAUAUAUCAUCAUGAUCUACAAGGAAGGACUUCAAUCCGAUGAGUCUCUAAACAAUCUUUGUAAGAACAGACCCUACAAUGGGACUAUUUACUGAUGUCUCAACAUCCCAUUGUACAAAUUUUUGCAACCAUUUUGGUUGUAAUAGUUCAUAUAGACAGACUACUACUACUACUUUGUCCCAUCCCCACACUGUAAUGUAAAUAUAGGGAUGCAGACUUCUAUCUGUUUGUAAGUUUGUUGGUUAGUUUUAAUAUAAGUACGUUUUAUGACAAAAAUAAUAAAAAAAAUACAAACAGUUAUAUUGUC